AAGGGAACCCGCCCAGGAUCUUUGCUGACGUCAUGAAAGGACAAACUGAUUUACCGCGAGGUCAUCCAGCCUCUCCUACGAGCAGCCGGCUGCGGGAAAGCGGAGGCGCCAUCUUGAGAUCCUGAAACGUUGCUCCGCCACCAUGUACCCCACUUCUCUGACGCAGCUGGCGCGGGCCAACCCGUUCAGCGCGCCGCUCUUCUCCCUCCAGAAGUUGGAAGAGCCCCAGCAGAACCUCCGCGGACAGAGGCCCCGCAGACUGGCAGCAGCUGCAGCGGUGGACGAGGAUGUCAGCUGCGAGUUUGGCUCCUCCAAGUACUAUGCCCUCUGCGGCUUUGGCGGCAUCCUGAGCUGCGGCCUCACGCACACCGCAGUCGUGCCCCUCGACCUGGUCAAGUGCCGUCUGCAGGUGAAUCCAGACAAAUACAAGAGCAUCGGUAACGGCUUUGCGGUGACGGUGAGGGAGGAUGGCUUCAGAGGCCUGGCUAAGGGCUGGGCCCCCACCUUCAUCGGCUACUCCAUGCAGGGGCUCUGCAAGUUUGGCUUCUACGAGGUCUUCAAGAUCUUCUACAGCGACAUGCUGGGAGAGGAAAACGCCUACCUGUGGAGGACGUCCCUGUACCUGGCUGCUUCUGCCAGCGCAGAGUUCUUCGCAGACAUCGCCCUGGCUCCCAUGGAGGCCGCCAAGGUCCGGAUCCAGACGCAGCCCGGCUACGCCAACACCCUCAGACAGUGCGCCCCCAAGAUGUUUGCAGAGGAAGGCCUGUGGGCGUCGCCUCAGCAGGGGGUCCUUCCUGAUGUCAACCAGUGUCUGUGUCCCUCAGGUGUGUGGAAGGGUCUGGUGGCGCGUAUCAUCAUGAUCGGUACGCUGACGGCCCUGCAGUGGUUCAUCUACGACUCUGUUAAGGUCUACUUCCGCCUGCCCCGCCCCCCUCCCCCAGAGAUGCCCGAGUCCCUGAAGAAGAAGCUGGGCCUCACAGAGUGACCCUGAUCCGCCGCCGCCCUCCGCCUGAAACGUCUAAACUCACUGCAGCGCCAUCUGCUUCCUGCUCCACCAGCCCCUCUAGAAACACCUCUAUGGUUUUAUUGGUUCCUGUCUUAGAAUUAAUAUGUGGAAAUUGUAAUAAAAUGGUUUCCCUGGAAUAAAGAGGCUAUUUGGUGGAA